UCCAACUCAUUAAAACAAACCAGUCACCGCCGUCGACGGCAGCCCUCCCCCUCACCUCUCCUGGCCACUUCUCUCUCUCCAAAUCCCACGCCCAAGCUCGAUACUCUCUCAAAUCGACUAGCAAGCAGGAAUGGGGGAACGGAAGGUUUUGAACAAGUACUACCCGCCGGACUUCGAUCCGGCGAAGAUUCCGCGGCGGCGCCAGCCGAAGAACCAGCAGAUGAAGAUACGAAUGAUGCUUCCGAUGAGCAUCCGUUGCGGCACCUGCGGGAAUUACAUUUAUAAGGGAACCAAAUUCAAUUCUCGCAAAGAAGACGUAGUCGGAGAGACCUACCUAGGGAUUCAAAUUUUUAGGUUUUAUUUCAAGUGCACUAAAUGCUCGGCUGAGAUGACCUUCAAGACAGAUCCUCAGAACUCGGAUUACAUAGUUGAAUCCGGUGCUUCGAGGAACUUCGAGCCUUGGCGUGCAGAGGAUGAAGAGACAGAGGAAGAGAAAAAGAAGAGGAAUGCUGAAGAGAUGGGAGAUGCAAUGAAGUCUUUGGAGAAUCGAACAUUAGACUCGAAGAGAGAGAUGGAUAUCCUUGCUGCUUUGGAUGAAAUGAAAUCGAUGAAGUCACGGCACGCAACUGUGAGCGUAGAUUCAAUGCUGGAAGCUCUGCAGCGCUCAAAUGAGCAGAAGGAAAGAAAGCUAUUAGAAGAAGAAGAAGCUUACAUAAAAGCAGUGUUUCAGGGUCAGAAAAAGGCUCCUUUUGUUCGAAGGAUCGAUGAUGAAGAUAUAGAUGAUGACAGCGACGAAGAUUUGGAGUUUUUCUCUUUCGACGGUGUGGGAUCUUCAUCUCGUCCAUCAAAGAGGACGAAGGUGUCUGAUGAAGAUCCUUCCAAACCAACAGAUAUUUUGACAGAGAAGAGUGGCAGUGAGGGUUCCAACAUUCAAGGUAAAGCUGGUGUUGAUGGGGCUUCUGAUGGUGGUAAACCUGUUUCGAAGACUUCUUCCAUCAAAUUCUCGAUAAUCAAGAAAUCCAUACCACAAUCCUCAACUAUAGGCCCGGAGAAAGGACAGCAAGAUGCUGAACCCGCUGCUGCUACCAGCAACGUACUCCAAUCCUUAUUCCAACAGUAUGGAAGCGAUGAAGACUAGACCAACAUAUGUAACCAGGCAUCCAAAACCUCUGGACUAAUUCGUGUAGUACACAAUUUAUGUAUCCAAAAUCAUAUGAAUAUAAGCUAAACCAAGUUUAGAAAAAUCAAAUUUCUCCA